UCUGAAACUUUGAGAGAAAAGAAGAGAAGCACAAAACAAAAGAAAAAUUAAAAAAAACAUGGGUUGAAGUUGAAAACGAGCAUUUAAGUUCACUUCCAGUUUGAAACUUGGAAGAGAAAGAAAGAUAGAGAGAGAAAAUGGAAAGGAAAGAAAAAGUUGAGGAAAAAAGAGAAGGAAAAAAAAAGCAAGGAGGAUCAGGAUUAAUGGCGAAAAAGUUGAGGCGCGGCGUUGUGGUAGGGAAAAGAGGAGGGCCUUGUACUACUACUAUUACCACUCCACCACCAAGAUGGAGGCUUAAAGAAAGCAAUGUCGUCUAUAAAAACGACAACAAAAACAUUCCCUUUACUUCUGAGUUCGAGUUUCUUGACUUUCAAACGACACCAACGGUCUCCGCUAGAAAGCUCUGCGCAAAUCUCUGGGACAUCGAGUCCCACAAGAAAUUCCCACCUCACAAAAUGCCCAAAAGAUUUCGCCGACGACACCACAAGAAUAAUAGUAAUAAUGGGUUUAGGCUUGUUAAGAAUCCAGUUGAUGUUUCUGAUGCCAAUCUUGAAGAUGAUGAGCCAGCAACUGCAAGCAGCUUGGGGAGAACUGUUUCCGCAUCGAUGAUACAAUAUCAUCGAGCACUCGACAGGAACGAUCGCGCCCUUCAGCCUCUGUCUCCUGCUAGUUAUGGUAGUAGUUCCAUGGAGGUGGGACCUUAUAAACAAGCUGUCACUCCCGCUAAUUCUUUGGAUUUUAGGGUUAGGAUGGGUGGAUCGAGUUAUAGCCUCAAAACCUCGACGGAAUUACUCAAGGUACUCAAUCGGAUCUGGAGUCUUGAAGAACAGCAUGCUUCUAAUGUAUCUUUGGUGAAGGCACUAAAAAUGGAACUAGAUCAUUCGCGGGUGAGAAUUAAAGAGUUAUUGCAAGAGCAGCAGUCAGAGAGGCAAGAAAUGGAUGAGUUGGUGAAGCAAGUCACCGAUGAUAAGUUGUUUAGGAAGAGCAUAGAGCAAGAUCGAAUAAGAGCUGCAGUUCAAUCAGUUCGCGAUGAACUAGAAGAUGAGAGGAAGUUAAGAAAGCGUUCAGAAGGCCUCCACCGAAAGCUAGCUCGAGAACUUUCUGAACUGAACUCCUCUUUUGCGAACGCUCUGAGGGAUCUUGAAAGAGAGAGGAAAGCCCGGAUCCUAUUAGAGAACUUGUGCGAUGAGUUUGCUAAGGGGAUUAGAGAUUACGAACAAGAGGUGCGGUCGCUGAAGCACAAGCCUGAGAAAGAUCGAUGUGGUGCAGAUAAAUAUGACAGGUUGAUUCUCCAUAUUUCAGAAGCAUGGCUUGACGAGCGGCUGCAAAUGAAACUAGCUGAAGCAGAAAACAACAUUGCAGAAAAAAUUACAAUAGUGGACAAGUUAGGCUUCGAUAUAGCAACCUUUCUUCAAGCUAAACAGGCGGUUGAAUUGAGGAAACGGGGUAAUUUAUUCCCAAAGGAACAUUGCUUGCGUCGACAUUCGUUGGAGUCCAUUCCACUGAAUGAGGCUGUAAGUGCACCACGGCAUCCAGCUGAUGAAGAUUCUACUGAUGUCGAUUCACACUCUUUUGAAGCAAGCAAAAGAGAUGGUAGCAAACAAAGCAAGAGCAGCAGCGGACAAUGUAGCAACAACGCUACAGUGGGUCAGCACGAGGGGCCGACGAAAUCUAAUUCCAUGAGGAAAAAGGUUAAGUCACAGGAGCUGAUUAAGGGCAGUGGACUAUCCAAUUUGCAGGGCCAAUUCGAGCAACGUAUGACAAGAGCUAUGUCAUGUAACGGAAACAAAAGCGAGUUUGUGGAUAAAUACCUGGGUGAAGCAACAGAAGAUCUUGGAAUCCAUCGACUGAAAUCAAAUCAUGUGCUUGAUAACUUGAUUAGAACCGGUUCCUUGUCGACACAAGGGAAUAAGACGCAUUUCGAAAGUUGCUGCAGGGGAGACUCUUGUAUCCACUCCUUGUUACCCGGUAGUGCUAGUCCAGUGCAGAAAUGGAAGUCAGAACUGAUGACCCCAGAUUUUGAAAAAUCUGAAUCUUCAUCGAGAUGGCCUCGGGACCUCGACGAGAACACCUUGAUGGCACAGCUAAUAGAAGCGAGGCUAGAAAGAAGAAGGCAAUCUCAUUCAAAACCUUCGAAAGGCUCCAUUUAG